AGCGGUGAGAUCUCGCAACCUUGGUUAAACCUCUAGAGUUCUUUGCAGUUCGAUAUUUUCCCUCUCACUUCACACAUCAGACUCCCCCAUAACCUGCCACUGUCUACUCCGACCUUCGUCGACGCACGUCACUUAACACGCACCCUUUAGCAGCCCAAACCAUGCGAACCCUAACCCUCUUCUCCUGAGCCUCCCUCUGCUCUUCUGCUGCUGCGUCCGACGCCGCGGCUUGCUCUCUGCUUCCGCUUUUCCGCCAUUUCUGCUCGCCAGCUCCUCCUGCGUUGUGCGUGGUCCGAAUCUGCUGCUGCUACAGCACAAGCAUCCUGCCUCCAUCACCCGUCAGCACCGUCGCCGCCACCAUUAAUAGCAGGGACCAAAAGCAACAAUGAGUGUGAUUCAGAAGUUUUUCAUUGCUUCAAUGUUCAUGUGGGCUGUCCCUGUUGCAAUUCUAUAUGGUUUUAACAAUAAUCUGUUUCCUGGAACCGACAAUUUGUCCCCUUACUCUGUGACACUAGUGAGUGGAUUUCUUGCGGUUAUAUCAGUUAAUGUAGUCAUAGCAUUUUACAUAUACUUGGCGAUGAGAGAACCUGCCGAAAAACACAAGCCAGAUCCCAAAUUUCUUGCUGAGGCCAAGGCUAGUAUGAAGCAGCCUACAACCAAUGCUCCGCAAUCUUCUGAGUCUCAGAAGAAAGAACAAUAGGCUGUGGGUUUAGGCAGUUAGCCCUCUUUGUUGUACUGUUCUUCUUAGGAAGGAUAGGGGAGAAGGGGAUGAAGGGCGAAGGUCUUGGAUUGUGCAUGCUUGAUCAUAUAUCUUAGUUAUGAAGUUUGCAUAUGAUCCAUGUUGUGCACAAUCUCUUGUUGACAGUAUUUUAUGUAUCUACUAAUCAAUUUGUCGCUCCGUUGCACAGGAUAUUGACAAUUGUUAUUUCUUGGUUAUAAAUUUUUUUAUUAAUUUAAAUUGUGUUUUGUUGUUAA